AAGACGUGGCUGUUGCUGCAGUGGCAGCUGUCAUCCAAAUUGUUCCAGGAGGAGUACUUGAAUGCCACAAUAAUAUUUUUUCUGUUUCUGUUUAAUCUUCACCCGUUUAUUCGGCGUCAAGAUGAUUUCGUUAACGGACUCCCAAAAGAUUGGAAUGGGAUUAACAGGCUUCGGCGUGUUUUUCCUCUUCUUUGGGAUGAUCCUUUUCUUCGACAAAGCACUCCUGGCUAUUGGGAAUAUCCUGUUUGUUGCUGGACUUGCCUUCGUCAUUGGGCUGGAGAGGACCUUCCGUUUCUUCUUCCAGAAGCACAAGAUGAAAGCCACCAGUUUCUUCCUGGGAGGUGUGUUUGUGGUGCUGAUUGGCUGGCCCAUCAUCGGAGUUGUGCUGGAGGUCUACGGCUUUUUCCUCUUGUUUAGGGGUUUCUUCCCAGUUGUAGUGGGCUUUAUCAGAAGAAUACCUGUCCUUGGCUCCAUCCUAAACCUGCCCUUCAUCAGUGCACCUUCGUAAGGCUCUGAGGACAAUCAGCAGUCGUGUACGUGGAUCAAGCGGGCGAGAGCAACACCAUGGUAUAACAGUGACUCUUUGUACCCAGAGAAGGCUGUUUGAGUACAGCAGGUUUUAUAGAGCAACACAAUCUCCCAUUGGGCUGAUUUAAAGCCGCUAAGGUUAUACGUUCAGAUUCCUCCCCUCCUCCAGCAGGCAAAGACUGCUUUCUGUCUGUCUGCAGUUUCACUGGUCAGUGCUACCAAUCAAAGGUUCAUCGGAGCGUCGCACCACCAGUCUCUUACUAAAGGGUGGAGUCACUAAGGUCACUACAAUAAAUAUUUCAAAUGCUAUUGAUCCCUUCGCCAUUGAGUGCAUCCGACAUGAAAAUGGAGGAUGGAAGACUCCCUCAGAGCACCAUCGACUCUGUCUACGUGACUUUCUUACUCUGUGGAACAAACAGACAAAACCACUGACCCUCCACAAGGAUGAGAAGUGGACCGACAGCCUGUCAUGUUGCCAUAUUUCUGUGCCUGUGCUUUAACUUUAUUUGGACAAAAGCUUAAGUCCAGCAUUUUGUCUCUUUGCAGUUAUUCUGUGACACUUUGUUCAUUUUUUGUGGCUAUUGUAAUAUUUUCCCUUCAUUACAUGUUAUUUCUGUUCACAGUUGGCUAAUGAGUACUUCAGUAUAAAUUAUUUUUUAAACGA